UUUCUUCCAACCCACUCGAACAAGCGGCGUUUGUCAACAACCGGUUUCACGAACUGCAUCACUCUGAGGAUGGACGUACCUGAAUCCAUGGGGAAUAACGUCCGUCCACCUGAUGUCGCUGUAGCGCGUUUGAGCGCUGUUCACAACGGGGGGAGACCCAUCUCGGCCGAGGUUGAGAAGGUCAGAGCUCUGGACUGCCGGAAAGAACGUCAGAUUGGCUAUGACAACGCGAAUUCUUGCGAUACCACGCGGCUCAUUGGAUUGUCACGGCUUCCUAUCUGCCCUCUGCGAUUUUACGGCGACUAAUCGACACACGUGCGCCUCCUGGAAAUGACGCUGUCUUACGAGUGUUUUCAUCUCCUGGAAGCGCCGCUGGCACACUCUCGGCAUGCGUCGCCGGCGCCAAUCUCGGUGCCGUCCAAGCCUAGGCGGUGAGAGCUUGCUAGCUGUGCACCGAGGCAUUACUCCAAUGAGGCAGCAUGUAUAAAGAAUCGCUGGUUGACCGCGAGGCAGAGCAGUUUCCCUCCUGCCUUUGACCAUGUCACAAGCUGACGGACUGCAGGCUGAGAAACGAGUGGCCGAUGAAGCAACUUUCGAGCGCGAGAGGGCCAGCGGGAACAAGCUCUGGACUGUAUACAUCUCCGAGUCACAGAUCUACGAAAAGGAUCUCAUCCAUGGCUGGCGCAGCGAGAUGGAAGGUCUGCUGACUUUCGCCGGUCUAUUCUCUGGCGUCCUCACGAUAUUCAUCAUCGAAAGCUACAAGACAUUGAACCCGAACCCGACCGACCAGACCCUCAACCCGAUCUUGCACCCGUCCGCGAAUCUGAACAAUGGUGCGGCGGCGGCGGACGCACUCCCGGGAGCCGCCGCCGCCUUCUCACCCCCGAUCUCCUCUCUCAUAUGCAACGCACUCUGGUUCAUCAGCCUCACACUCAGCCUAUCGUGCGCCCUGGUCGCGACGCUGGUCAAGCAGUGGGCGCAGGAGUUCCCGCACCGCGUGGUCAUGCUCUCCUCGCGCUCUGUGCUCUCGCGCGCGUCCAUGUAUCUCAACUAUGGGUUCCGACGCUUCAAUAUGCACGUCGUUGUCCGUGCUCCGCUGCUUUUCCUGCACGUGGCACUGGUCCUGUUCUUUGCGGGUCUGGUCGCAUUUCUUGUGCCUGUCAACACUAUCAUCAUGGGCACAUGCUCCGCCGUGCUUCUCCUCUUUGUCUUUGUCUAUGGGACAUUCACCGUCCUCCCCCUGUUCUAUCCCAACAUUCCAUUCCACACACCACUGACGCAGAUACUUUUGCCGCUGAAACAACAGUUGGGGACCGGACUGGCGGCUUUCAUCUGCAUGGCGUAUGCUCGAAAGAGAGUUGCUGAAGCCGACCUCGAGGCCCACGUGUUUCCGGAGACUCGUAGCGGUAACGCUGUUCUACAGAGGUCGAAACGCGCGGCACUGCAUCCCGAUGUCGAGGAAGAGACCGAGGCGCUUGCGUGGACCGUGCAGUCCCUAUCUGAUGAUCACAAGUUGCUGCCGUUCGUGCAGGGCCUCCCCGAGGCGCUGUGGGAUUUCGAUGAAAACAGGCCACGCUCAGUGUAUCAGGCCCAUUUCCAGAGUCUGUUGCAGGAUGCGGACGUCCAUCUCGGCCAGCGUCUGGCCGAUUUUAUGGCUGGAUCUAACAGCAAUCUGCUUGACAACAAGGAACGCAGUCGCCGCCAGCUCUCUGUGCUUGAGGCCGUGUGGGCCAUUUGCGCGUUCUCCCUUCACACGGGGUCACCUCUGCACAGUCCGAUCGGAGAUGCUGACGUGGACAACGCGCUGCUCGGCUCGAAGUUUCUCGAUUCUCCAGCCGUGCAGAGCAUGGUCCCUGACGUGUCCGCUCUGAUCCGUCUGAACAUGAUCGAGGCGACCCUCAUACAGCCCAGCAGUCGUAUGCGGCCCCAAGCUGAGAAGCAGCGGCAAUCGAUGCAACGGACGUAUGUGGACUAUCUGUUGGCACUUUCCAAAUGCCGCGCCAGCUUCCAGCGGGAACAGACCAGUUCACUCUUUCAUCGGUCACAAGCGCACUUGACGAGAUCGGACGGCUUCGAAAAUCUUCAAGACGCUCUCCAACUGCUGAUAGAUUCAGCGCCGGAUGAGACGGCGGACGAGACAGCGGAUAAUUUCGUUUUUGCUGCUCGCCAGAUCAUCAGCGCGUUUGCCCAGACGUCGGACUAUCUAGCCAGGUGGCGGGAUCUUGAGGGUUUUGGGCCGCCGUAUUUGUCCCUGUGGCAUCUUGGGCCGUUCCUUCUCCGAUUUCCUUCCCUGGCCGUCUCUGGGUCAAAGUCCGACUCACAGCCCGGCCCGGAGCAUCAUUACACCCGAUUCCCAAGCCACACUCUGUGCCAGAACUUGGAACUGGGAUUCGAUCCUCAGGCCAGUGUCGACGCCCUCCGGCUGAUCUACGAGUAUCUGCUCGCCACUCGUUCGGCACCAAGGGACCUCGAAACCCAUUUCCGGGUCCUCGGCACUCUGCAGACUCGGGCGGCCGGCAUCCGCACGCACCGUUUGACGGCCGUCGUCCAGUCCGUUGUGCUCAGAUGUUUCCGGGAGGAUUUGUCGAAAUCUGCGGAUUUGUCGCAAUGGGGGAAAUUGCCGGAUCUCUUCAACGAUGAGGGCUGGUUCCGCUCUGUGAUCGGCUAUGACGACGAUCAACAGACGGAGCGGGCGUCGGCACAGGAAGUUUAUGAGUGUGCAUGUGUGCAUGUUGUGACCACCUUCCUCGAGCAUAGUACCGCCCGGAGUCCGGAUCAAACGGAGCGCGGCCAGGACUUGGCGACACUCAAAUCCGUUCGUCACGCAGUCGACGAGAUUUCGUCGGCGCUCCCGACCAAACUGCAACAUCGAUUUGUCGAAGCUGCGUCUGGUUUCAUCCACAAAUAUCCCAAGGACUGUCUCGCAGAAGAGGAUGGGCUUUUCCGGGUGCUUCUCUGGGCCGUGAUUGAGGGCGGCGGAUUUAUCACUAACUUGGAUGCCCUGAUGGUCCUGGACACGAGUGUGUCGGACGUGCAGACAGACGAUCAGCAGGAAUCACACCGAGGCCAUGCUAAAUCUAUCCGCCGCCAGACACAGAAGCGGCUCCAUCCCGAGAACAUUCCUGCUGGGCCUGUCCCGCUCGUAAGUGGCGGGGUGUGAAGAGACCAGUGCAUGUGAAGUCGUUUUCCACUUAUUUAGCCUACAUAUGACCAUCCUUGUUUACUACUAGUAUACGUAUAGCGAGCAACAUGAGCACGGACUCUUCAUAAAAAGUCUGCGAAAGCCGCAUUCCCAACGUGCACCAAUCAAAUUUUAUAGGGUCGCGAUUCACAAAAAGCAUUCAGGGUCCCCGUCGACGGAGAAACAGCAGCUGCUCCCCAGGGAGCAAC